AAUUGGGAUGGUGUGGCAGCGAAGGGCGGGGCAGGGGCUGACCCUUGGGCUGCAACUCAAGACUGCUGCCCAACCGCAGGCUUCGAGCUGUCUCCAAACAGGCUCCGGGAGUGGGAGAAGCAUGGGGACGCCUAGCUGACUUGAUCCAGGCGCGGAGUCGCGUCUCCGUAGACAGCAGAGACGGACGGGCAAAGAUUCUGCUCCCAUAGCAACCUUAUUGUAACUUUGGUCAACCCUCCCCAUCACUGACUUCUGCCACACCCUUUGCCCUUCGCCACAGGAACCCGUCCCAGUGUAUGUUGGAAGAUGGAUUACCCAGAGACAGAUUUCAGCCUUAAAGUUGUCCUGAUCAGCUUCAAGCAGUGUCUCAAUGAGAAUGAGGAGGUGCUACUGGACCACUAUAUCGACAGCUGGAAGGGGCUAGUCAGGUUUCUGAACAGCCUGGGUGCCAUCUUCUCGUUCAUUUCCAAGGAUGUGGUCUCAAAGCUGCAGAUAAUGGAGCAUCUGAGGAACAGCCCACAGUAUGAACACUACACUAGCUUGCAGUCCAUGAUAGCCUAUGAGGUGGGCAACAAGCUGGUGGACAUAGAUCGCCGCUCCCGCCCCCGAUACCCUAACUCAGGCUGCCGGACUGUGCUGCGCCUACAUCGGGCUCUGCGCUGGCUACAGCUGUUCCUGGAGGGCCUGCGCACCAGCCCUGAGGAUGCUCGUACCUCCACACUCUGCAGUGAUGCCUAUAAUGCCACACUGGCUGCCUAUCACUCCUGGAUCGUACGUCAAGCUGUCACUGUAGCCUUCUGUGCCCUGCCCACACGCAAGGUCUUUCUCGAGGCCAUGCAUGUGGGGUCCUCUGAGCAGGCAGUGGAGAUGCUGGGAGAGGCGCUACCUUUCAUUGAGCAUGUGUAUGAUGUCUCCCAGAAGCUCUAUGCUGAGCACUCUCUGUUAGACCUGCCCUAGUGGCGGUGCCCAUACCAUCUGGGCUUCCCCUGCUCAGAACUGGGCUUGGGUAACCUGGGACUACUCCCACAGCAAUGCUUUCUGGAUGCUACUGUCACCCCUGAAAGCUGAGCUUGUUGAGAGCCACAGGCUGGUGGGCAGCUGAACCAAGUUGAGGUGGAUGCUAGUCAUGCUCUUGGUCCAGGAUGAAGACAAUUGAACUCCAGCUUUGCCCUCUACUUUAGUUAUGUGUGUGUUCAGUCAGGCCUUAUUGAGAUGCAGGUGGCAAAUGGAGAAGAUGGGGAAGGAGGGUCGUGUUCUACCUCCCGUAUGUGGAAUAUGAAAUGGUAUAAGGGAACAGGACCCUGGAGCUGAGGUUCUGUCUCCCCCACAGUCAACAUGCCCAGCCAAUGUGUGUCCUUCCUGUGCCCAUCUUGAGCCUGAGACAUGGAUUGGUGCCAGGCAAACAACCCUGGGCCUGCAUGCCUGGGGAACCUUCAUAUUCAAAAAGCUGUCCUUGGGUGAGAUGGGGUUCCUUUGGCCAUGGCAUGAGUCUUGAAGACUUUUCCCUGCCCUUCACCUGCCUCCUUGUCAGCCUGGAUUAUCAAACAGGCCCUUGUGUCCUUGGGAAUGGAAACUGUCUGAAACUGCUAGCUGAGACCUCCCUAGGCAAGCCUGCUCUGGUCAGUGCAGCCUGCCUCACGGCUUCUGAGAUAGGUAGCAUCAGCAUUCAGAUGGGCUCUUGCAGUGGGCUCUUGCAGCACAGGCACCCCUAGACUCUAAGAUGUCAAUAGUAAUUGACCAAACCAUGCCUCUCUCUAGCCAGCCUUGUUUGCUGCUCCUGUCGCCAUGAUACUCAGGCGACUUAGAUAGGACAUGACUUUGUGGAAGGAGGUUGGGCCCCCUUGUCUAGCUGACAGAUGACCAUACCUAGCAUGGUUGACACCCAGUGCAUAAAACCCUAACCUCUUCCACUGGGUCUUAAUGUUAAAGCCUAGGACAGUGUCCCCAGUGUAGGUGAUGUGUAUAAAUGCAAACUUUGGGACUAUGAUAUAUAUAGUAUUCCAACAUAAAUAAAUUACAGCUACAUGA